UCCCUGCCGUUCUCAGCAACGGGACAGGGAACGCCAUCCGUAACGGUGACUCUGACCACGAGAAGUUCAACCAGUAUCUUACAUGCUAGUCACAACUCUCACGUCCACAAUCACAUACACUCCAAUGCUGCCUAUGUGACCGCGUGGUCUGCGACCCAAUGAGAGAGAACGGAUCAAACCAGUGUUGCCGCGCUGCAGGCAUCGUUGAGACAGCCCACGCACACAGUGGAUGCAUGGCACAAAGGGUAGCCUGACGCCAAGAUACGGUACUGAGGUGGUGUCAUUAACACGAAACAAGGCAGCCUAGCAUUGGAAGACUCACCGGAUGCCACCAAGGCUCCGGACUUGUGCCAAUGGCAAUGCAAUGGCGAGCAACACCGGACGAAGCGGAGCUUCCUGAAACCUCCGGCGAUGACGAGUGCAAAGCAAUGGAAUCAGUAAUCCGGGCGCAAGAGGAUCGAGCCACUCGUAUCUGUCCCAGGUUCUGCAUAUGCGACCGCUUAUACACGGCAUCCGAAAGUGUUUGCUUUAUGCAUGCAGCCUGUUAGCAUUGGAAGGGAUGCGUCCCGUUUGGUACAAAUGCGACAGCCAUUGAGACAGGCACGCAUGUGAUCGCCAAUGGCUGUGGCGCAGGCAACAAAGCAUCCAGGCGAGCCGUGGGAUUCCACGAGGUCAUGACGGCGCUUACCGCGCCAGCUUCGCAACCUUGAUCAGUCCACGCCUACGUGCGAAGACGAUGAGCGCAACCAAUGGCUUCCGCGAGAAGGAGAAUGCG